UGACUUGACAGGAGUGCAGCGCGCAGGGGUAUCGCAGCUGAACCGAGGCAGGGACAGCGGGAGCCCGGGUACCGUUAGUCACCGGGGAGCUGUCUCUUCCCGUCCAAAUAACAGAACAAACAAAACAAACAAACAAACCCAAAAGGCCGUCAUGGACAUCGCUCCGGCGCAGAGCGGGAACAGCGGCGACGGAAUACACAGCUCGUCCGACGACGUGAAUCGGGAAUAAUAGCCGACGACGGCGAAAACCUCACUACUCCUUUUUUUCCAUCCUCCACCAUUUUGGUUGUCAGUGAUGGAGCAAAUCCGGACGCCCAAGGUGGAGAAUGUUCGUCUGCUGGACCGGUCAUCAGGCCAGAGGAAGGCCGGCGUCGGGACUCUUUACCUUUCCGCCACGCACACCAUCUUUGUGGAGAACAACCCAGAGUCGCGCAAGGAGACAUGGGUGUUGCACAGCAUGGUGAGCAGUGUGGAGAGGCCGCCCACCACCCCUGCAGGAAGUCAGCUGAUCCUGCGCUGUAAGGACUUCCGGAUCUUCCAGAUCCUCGUUCCACAAGAGAGAGACUGUUUGGAUGUCCACGCCUCAUUGGUCAGGUUGUCACGACCAGAGAAGUACAGUGAGCUGUACUGCCUUUCAUUCAACCCCAAUGUGAACAAAGAGGAGAGAGAAGAGUCGUGGAGCUUCAUAGACCUUUUGGCCGACUACAAGAGGAUGGGAGUUCCCAAUAACCUUUGGGUCGCCACAGCAGCCAACAGUGAAUACAGGGUGUGUGAUACGUACCCCUCAGAGCUGUUUGUUCCAAAGUCGGCCACACCCGCCACCAUCGUGGGCAGUUCAAAGUUCAGGAGUCGAGGGCGAUUUCCUGCUCUGUCCUACUUUCACCAGGAUACACUGGCAGCAGUGUGCCGGUGUAGUCAACCACUGUCUGGCUUCAGUGGACGCUGUCAGGAGGACGAGGUGAUGCUUCAGGCUGUGAUGAGGUCCAACCCUGGUAGUGACUACAUCUAUGUGGUUGAUACCAGGCCAAAGCUGAAUGCCAUGGCUAAUCGAGCAGCAGGUAAAGGCUACGAGAACGAGGACCACUACACCAACAUCAAGCUGCAGUUCAUUGGCAUUGAAAACAUUCACGUGAUGAGGAGUAGCCAGCAGAAAAUCAUCGACGUGGGCGAAAUGCGGUCUCCAUCAAUGACUGACUUCCUGUGGGGUCUAGAGAACUCUGGUUGGCUCAAACACAUUAAAGCCAUUGUGGAUGCUGGAGUCUUCAUAUCCAGGGCAGUGGCUGAUGAAGGAAUUAGUGUGUUGGUCCACUGUUCAGAUGGCUGGGACAGGACAGCCCAGGCCUGCUCUGUAGCCAGUAUACUAUUGGACCCCUACUACAGAACCAUCAAAGGACUCAUGGUGCUGAUAGAGAGAGACUGGGUUUCCUUUGGACACAAGUUCUCCCACAGAUACGCCCACCUGGAUGGAGACCCCAAAGAGGUGUCCCCCGUCAUUGACCAGUUUCUGGAGUGCGUGUGGCAGCUGUCAGAGCAGUUCCCGUGUGCCUUUGAGUUCAACGAGCGCUUCCUCGUCGCCAUACACACACACGUCUACUCCUGUCAGUACGGGACCUUCCUGGGCAACUGCCAGAGGGAACGCAGGGAUAUGAGGCUUCGUGAGCGGAGUCACUCUCUAUGGCCUCAUUUGUGGAAGGACAGAGGCGAGUAUGCCAACCCCCUAUACAAGGCAGAGCUGAGUCAGAGUCAGGGCGUCCUGAGACCCAACACCACCCCCUACUGCUUCAAAAUGUGGAAGGGUCUCUACAACCACGUGGAGAAAUCAAUGCCUUCUCGCCAGUCCCCCGCUGACUUCCUGUCCACCAUGAGGGAGGAGUCCCAGCAGCUGGAGGAGGAGCUGACCAAUCACCAGGAGAGGAUUGCAGCCCUGACAGGGAAGCCAAUCACGUGGGAGAAGAUUGAGGUUCCGAGGAGGAGGACGAGCCGCCUGCGGCAGAGACACUGCGGGCCAGACCCACCCACCACUUACACAGACCCCAUCACCAACCCCGCGCAGGACAACGGCCAUGCAGUCGCCUCUGAGCCUGCCGUUCGGAGUGCUCGGAGACAGGACCCUGCAUUCGCCCUGCCGAUAGAGCCAUAUGCACAGCUCAAGAGCCACGACCCCGAUGACCUCUCCACCUGCAGCGACCUGGAGUCAGGAGUGGCCGACCUCAGCAGCCGCUCGUCCAGCGGUGGGGACUACGCCAAGGACCCAGACCUGGAAUGAGAGAUGCUUGCGCUGCUGCCUGACUGGAAGGUGAAUGAGGAAGUCGAGGCUCUCACAAAUACAUUUGUCCACACACUGGUAGGGGAAGGGAGGAAGACUGUGACGAGUUAAAGCUGGUCCCAAUUUUUCCUGGUCUAAAGGGAGUCUCAGUGAAUUAGGGAGAAAUGUCACAAUUUGCUUUAUCAGUCUGUCUUUUUGUAGAAGGGCACGGAGAGAGACCUCCUGUGCUUUAAUUUAGAUUUUUGUAAUAGUUUUUUUUCAUGUGUUUCUACGUGUUAUGUUUAAAGGAUGCACUAUUACUACUGUGAAGUGGAUAACCGUUGCACUACACACACGCUCCACGAGGGGAGGAUCUGGUGAAACGCUGUCGAACAAACACACACAACAAAAGGAGCUGAACGUGCGCCAAUAUUUAUUGUGCAAGUCAUGUUCCCUCUCAGCCACAUCAAAAACUAAUGGUUGGAAGAUUUACUGAAGUCUUCCAUCUUCUUCAGUGUGACACAAUAUGCGUCACGAUAUCAGUAAUAGUUUUACCCUCCACGGUGUGUGUGUGUGUGUGUAGGGCCAGCAGACAUUUUGACCUUACACAACACAGUCUCAUGACUGUACAAUUGGCUCAUCCCUCUCUGGCUUCAUAAGAUAUCCUUGAUUUACAAAACCUACGUCGUCUUCUGCUAUGACAUACACAAAAUGUGGAACAAGAAGGGGAAAUCAAAAGAAAUCUAAAAUGAACUAACCACAUACAGAACUACGAUAUAGCUAUAAAAAACAUUUUCUCUCUUCUCUGAGGCUUUCUCCAGAUAACUGGUCAAUGUGUAUGUUGUAUGUCGUAUCAUCACACAAAUUGUGAAACUCUAAAUUCUCCAUUUGCUUCUUCUCCAACUAUAACUAGUAAUAGACUUAUUGAUGAUGCUUCUCAAAAGGGUUUAUCCUGAAGAAUGAAACUUGUAUCAAUCAUUUAGAAGCCGAAUUAGAAUCGUAUACAUAUAACAGCUAAGACUUUUUAGGAGUGUAUGUUGACUAUGAUUAGUCCUGGCUCAGUCUCUCCUCCUCCUCCUCUGUGUGGAAGGGAAGAACAGAAAGCCUGUGAGAGAGUUGCUGAUUGGGAAAAAGUAAAAUCCUGUCAUUAUGUCGUCUAAACACUGGAAACUUGACCUGAACUUAAGACGAAGCCGUGUCUGUAGUCGAGGUCUUGAAAUAUUUCUCCCCUUGUAACUUAAACAACAUCGCCCCGUAAAACUAAACUCUGCACUGGGGGACGAUAUGUAGGUUCGGAGAGGUAGAAUAAAAUAAAUUAACUCAGUUCAAUUUAGAGCGAUAAGCAGUAUUACAUUUUUUUAAAUGUAGAUUUGUCGGACCAGUGUGAAUGAUCAGUCGUUACCAGGGUGACAACUUCACCAGAACAAAACAUGAACCAAAUUAUUUGUAACAAAUGCUGGAAUGCAGUAUUGUCUUUUUCCUUUCCGUGUGCAAUAUAUUACGUUAAAGCCCAUUUGUUUUUGUAUAUGUUUCAGUGUACUGUAUAACAUUGUACUAUAAUACUGUGUCUACCCUCACCCACCGAUCCCUCAGACGAGAAUCUGUAAAUCAUGAAAUCCUGUUAAACUUGUCAGAUAAUUAAGGUUUUAUUUCUAUAUGCUCUGUUUGACUGACAUGUGCUGUGAUAACUUCAGUCAAUUGUUACAUUCCCACAGGCGAGUUACAGACAAGAUGAACACGAACGGAGGUCUGGACAUUCUCCCGAAUUCUUCCAGAUGUGCUUGUAUGUGAGAACGCAAGAAUUUUGCUCUGCACAUUUUGCGAAACUUUUCCUCCUUAGUAUUUCCGGAAGAGUGAGCCCAUGUGAGAAUAAGUAAGGAAAAUCUCAGGAGGCUUCACGGCUAGUGGGCUCUACCCAGGCGCCAGCCCUCGCCUGAAUCUUCCAGACAGGGCCAGAACAGUCCCCUGCAGAGCUCUUUGUAUGUUAAGAGAAAAACUUCGGGAACUUUUCACGUCUGAAACUCAUUUGUUGAGACGUGGUCUCUCUGGAAGUGCAUUCCAUAUUUUACCCAGUGAACACGGGCCCGUGGCAUUAACAUGCACUGUGGGUGAUCGGAUCACAAGUGGCCAGCUCUCAGUACGUCAGUUCCCACCUGCCAUUAGAAUGCGUCUCCAGAUCGUCCUAUACCUAGUCUUCGAAAAAUCCAUAAAGAAGAAGAAAUCAAAGUCUGGGUCUAUCCCUCGAUGUGUUCCAGGCACAAAACUAAUUUUGACGCACUCUUUAUACAUCAUGACGGGAAAGAGGAUAUACAUCUUAAACAGAGGAACGUUAGCUGACUAGACCAAAGGAAUCUUGCCACGUGUUACCCAUCCCACCUCCGAAUGUGGUCUGAGUGGAACACUCUUGAUCCAAUUACCCCCACGUGCAUGUUAAUGCCGGGUGUGAACAGAGCCUGAGAGCUGACCCAUCGGAGCCUAUUGUCAUGUUACUGAGUUUAAAGCUGACAAUGAAAACCUGCUGUGGCUGCAUGUAGAAAAAGCACUGAUUACAUCUUUUAGGCUCGUGUCAGUUGAUUGUGUUCACUGCCGUUGAGACCGAAGGAAUAAGGUGACCCAUUAUUUCAGCACAGGUACUGUUGCUGUAGUCCAGUUUGUAACCACGGACUCAGCGUACACACUUGGACAUUCCUGCAGCCACAUUGGGAACAAAAGGAGAGGGAGGAUUUCGCUCUCAAUUUGUGGAGCAGUGUGGUUUACAUUUAUUUAUACGGCUGCACUGAGUUGGAAGAAUAACCUCCCAACGAUGAGUUUCAAUCAGUCUGUGGUGAGAAACGUCACCGCGACAGCACCGACUGAAUCUAAUGAGCUGCAGCUCUGUGGAUCGACUCUCCCUCUUACCAUGUACAUUUCCCUGUAGCCUGUGGUGUGUUUGUGUGUGUUCCGUAUUCACUGAUGUAAAAGAUCUAUCAAUAAAAUCACUGUUAAAGGGAAAGAACUGCAA